UUGGACCAGCUGUGAGAGUGGAUGAUUGGUCCAGGGAGAAAUAAAAACCACACUUAUAAACUCCAUUCAUUCUGCCCAUGUAGACGCAUCCAGUGUUUUCUCAAACACAUUGCCACCUAACCUGUAGAAUCACCUGUCUCAUGGUCAUUAAUACCCUUAAGUCCCUCCCACUUCCCAUGUCCUUUGCCUACUCCAUUUCCUGUGUGACAGUUAGAAGAUAAUGUAUAUGCUAGAUCUUCCUGUUUUAUGUACAGCUUACAGAUAAUCAUUUGAUUUAUGUUUCAGUCUCCCAUUAGUCAUUGUUAGUCAUCUUAGCACAAUGAGAAGAUGACUGAAAGCACGGGGUGGAUAAAGCACUGUCAUUAAUGGCUGUUUUCUAAAUAUCCUAGCAGUUAUUCAUCUGUAAUUGGUAGUGACAACACUUUAUUAUGGAUAUACCUGCUUAAAAAAGGUUGCUGUACUAAGCCAUGUAGUUUUCAUAUAUUUCAGAGGGUGAUUUACCUUUUCAACAACUCUGAUUUGAUGAUUCACUGAUUUUAAGAUCAUAAAUGCAAUCCUCUUGACACCAAAGGCAGCCAGAUGAAGAAGUGUUUACACCUGUAUAUCUGACUGUUUGUAAUGACUCCAAUCUUCCCCUUAAUAAAAAGAUGGCAGUGCUUAUUCCACUCCAUUUAGCAAACAAAAUAGCACACAUAAGAUGGUGUGAAUGGCUACAUCUGUGUUUGAAUGAGCGUGUGUCUAUGUAGCUCUAGAAUUUGUGUGUUUGUGUCUGUAGGACAGUUAUCUUAUUGUACACAACUUGGGGUGUUCGACAUUUCUCUCCUGCAGCGAAUUGGCCCCCUAUUAGCUAAGCAGCAAUGACCCGGUUUGUAUUUGCACGCUCUGCUUUCUUACUCCUAUCUUUAGGGUCCUUGUAACGCUUCUCUGACUGUCUUUCUCUCUCUCUCUCUGUUUCACUACUGUCACACUCUACAUUUACUCUCUCUCUCUCUCUGCCUCUACUUCUCUCUCGCUCCCUCCCUACUACACAGUGAUUCGUUGUACAGUACCCUCUGUCAUUCUGUGCUGGCAUGGUGCUUGUGCAACUGGGACUGCAUUUUUUCGCUGAAGAGGCACAAAGAUAAUAGCGCAGGCAGCUCUCUUUUUUUUUUUCUGUCUUUCCCACUCUCUUCACCCCUCCAUUCCCCUCUCUGUCACUGAAGCUCUUUGGUGAGCAGACCCAAACUCCUCUUACCUACACAGUGUCCGAUGACCUCUCCUCAACCUUAUGGAUGUGCUUUGUAAGUCAAUCAGAUAGUAUCAGCAACCAGGUAUAGAGCAAGCUAACAGGCGUGCACGCUUCCUACAGCACAAAAGCAUAGCAAGGAAUUAAAGAUAUAUUUAAUCAAUUAACAUUGCUAGAUUGCACCAUAAGUAAAAUACAUAUUUUAAACAGAAUUAAAUAAGUAAAUUAUGAGUAAAAUAUUAAAACAACUAAUACAAAAACAGGAUUGCCUGAUGAAAUAAAAAAGUUGAGAUUCAACAUUCAGGUCACAAAAUAUAUCAUUUAAGGAGUUUUUAAGCAGUUAAAUACAUUUAAUUUGGCUGUUCAGUGUGACACUUUCUUGAAAUGUUCACAUUUUUCCACUAUAUAUGAUCAAAUGUGUAGCCUGUAUUUGUGUUUACCGUAGCCAGAAUCUUUUCCUAUCCUGGUUGAGUUUCAUUUAUUGUUUUCUAACAGGCACACUAACCUCCCACUGCGUGUGGGUGGUGGAGAAAUAAAAAAGGGAGAGAGGUGGCCUUCUCACCUGGCUUGAGUGACUCUUUAGCUCCUGCGCUAUUAUUUGUGGAGGGGCGCCGAGGGCCGCGCUGCAGCAUCACACAAAAAAACAUGGCCACAACUGAAGUGCCAUCAUUGUUGCUAAUAGAAAUACAUAUUCUCUCUGGAAAGGGCAUGCAAAAAGGAGCAGGUGGCAGACUGUUUGCCACCAGUUAAAACUGUUAACCCUGAGGAUUACUUAGAGGAUUUGGGGACACUUGUCGAUGUAUUUCAAUAAUACAAAUGACACAGUUUAAAAUGCAACAUGUACCAACAGUAUAAUCAAAAUUCUACCCCUAGAUACCCUAACACAGUGCACUGGAUACGCUAAAACAUCCCAGUGAAACACAGACUGAUACAGACUAUGCGACAGGUACACAGGCCUCAUCUUGGAUCUGUUAGUGAAUGCUCCGGCCCAGCGCCUCGUAGCCCCUCCCCUGCCAAUUAUUGUGUGUGAACUAUAGGCAGCUAGAGGUCUGUGGUACUUUAUUGGGAUCUUUUUUCUCUUUCUGUCUUUCCCCUUUGGUCUUUUUGCUCUUUCUCUAUAACAUUGUUUUUGCAUUGCAUGUGUUAACUUGGUAGCAUUCAGUACUUUUUUAUCUCCACACUCUGUCCUAAUCACUACUACAGUUUUCCUCCAAUACUCAUCCCUCGUACGUUCUCUGCCCCCCCUUUCAGUCCCUCCAACCUCCCCUCCUCCCCCUCUCUGACCCUGUCCAAGAGCGAUAUGCAGCGGGCAGCCUCAGAGCCACAGAAACACCAGAAAUCUAAGAAUCACACAUAUGCAGACCUCAAGAACUUUUUUCUCUUAAUAAAAAGCUUGUUUCAACUCGAGAUGUAGUCAUGACUACUGGUUUCAACCUGUCCGACAGAAGCUGAGGUCCAUCGUGACCCUGUUUAAAAGUGUAUGGUGUAAUUGAUAUGAGAAUUGGAUAAGAAAAUGAAAACACUCGCCCUCCUUUUUUUUUUUUAAAUCCUGCCCUACUCGUGACCUACAUUAUUUGCAUCAUGGCAAGCUUUCUAUUAAGCACCAGCCUUAAUCCAGAGAGCAGCAGCGAUGCUGGGUUCAAGGUCAGUGCUAAUGCCCUCAAAAUAAUCAGCAAUGGCCUAAGUGUGGAGAAAAAGAAUAACCCAACCAAAAAAAACACUUCAAACUGAAUGGGAAUGCCAGUUUUACAGGCUCUGUUUAAAGAUCCUGGAGACCGCUACACAUGUGGUCUCCAGUGUUAACUAAAUUUCCGUUUGAUGAAUUGGGCUUUCAGAAUUAUGAGGUAAGUAUGUAUUUUAAAAUGAUAACAUUUAAACCGGACUCUGCUUCUGUCAUUUCCCCCAUCACUUAAUUAAUGAAUUCUGUAAUCCCCUCACGGUCACUGUGACACUUCCACGCUUCGCCUCCAUUUGCUGGGAAAAAAGGAGUCUUCUGUUUAAGCCGUUUGACUCUUGACCACAGUUGUUUUCAUUUAGUCACACCUGCAAAAGUGGAGACUGACAAGGAAUGCACAAGGCACCAAUCACAAGGGAGCCGCAGAAGUUUAAGAGGAGUAGCAGGAAAAGACAUUCCUGAAGGACACGGGAGAGGAGGAUGAGUAACUGCAGCAGCCCCCUUUUUCCUGCGAGAUGGAAUCCCUAAGGGUCUGCGUUUACUCAUAAGAACAUGCACACUCUCAGAUCUGUUUUUGUGAGCAAUCAUCCCCAAAAAUGACAUAAAAUAUGUAGCUUGGGUUGAUUUAGUUGAGUCACCUGCAUAGAUUGAUGUGCAUCUUUCUCUGGAACCAGAGCAUUUUCUAAUAUCCAGACUAUACACACAUAAAUGACUGCUAACACUGAAGCAAUAAUGUUUGUAAAGACUCUGAGGUCUCUAGGUGGGGUCCCCUGCAUAUCACUUCCCUUCCCCAUAUCUUUUGACAUAUGGUUCUUAAAACACCACUCCUUGUAGAUCUCUUUUGUUUGGAUAACAUUUUCUAUUUUUUCUUUCUCCUGUAUUAACAGUCAGUUGGUGGAUUUAUUGACAUGCCUACCCUUUCUGUUUGUAUACAGUGUUAUGUUUGUUUAAGAGCAGAGAGAGAGAUUUGAAUAUGUAAGAACUUAGAGAAGCUACAGCAGAAUUGCAGUUGAAAGCGUUUGGCCGGUUUCUUACGUUGUGUCACGUGUGACUGUUUUUUUGACAGCCCAGUAUUUUAAAGCCAGGUUCGUAUGGAAAUGCCUUCACUCCACUUGCACUGCUGUUGGACUCGCCGUCGUUGCUUCCAUCUGUCUGUCUGUCUCUUCUUUUGGUGCACUCACCUGUUGUUCAGACACGCAGCCUGCGCCUCAUCUCCGCCCUCUAACUGUUGCCCUGGCCAUUUUGGACUAAUCUCUUUAUUAGUGUCAGCAGUUGCGACUGAUGCCUUAUCCAACCUGCCGUUCUUGUUUUUUAAUAAUAUUUAGUUUCUAAUCUCACACAGAAAAAAAGCGCUUUCUAUGAGAAAACACAUUUCAUUCAGGGUAGGGCUUAUGUUCUCUAAGCUUUCAGAACAUUUCAUUAUACGGCCCCUGGUAAGACUUCUCUGGCUUUUGAGAUAAAAAAUAAACAAAUCAGCAAAUAGGGAUUGGUUAAACAGUAGGCAGGAGCAGCUAGUGUAGGGUGCAUCUCAUUUUGCUUCUUGCUGAAAACCUCUUAGAUCAGCUUAUUUCCCAAAUCAAUAUGGAUGAUAAUGUGUAGAGUGGUGCACCACAAUACUGCAGUAAGAGACAGAAGCAUACCCAAUGUCGGUGGGAGGGGGGCAUCCACUGCAGCACCUUCUGCUGUGUUUCCUAGAAAUCCGGGGACUUGCUGUCCAUGCAGGAGGAAACACACUAUUAGCUAGCAGCCUAUCUCUGGUGGUGACAUGCCAAGGAGCUGCCAGGCAAUGGACAGGGAAACAUGUCGAAUGUAGGAUUUAAUGUCCCGGUUAUGAUCUGAAACAAGCAGGUGUCCUCCUUGAGGCCCAGCACAGAUUCCCUUCUUAUCUCCCCUGCAGCGGAAAGGGAUCUGACUAUCACAGAGUAAACACAGCUCACACAACAGAAACAGGAAGUGAGGCAGUUCAGCUUCUCUAUUGGUAGGAAAAAAUCUGCCAGUUGUUUUGGAUGGAUUCCAGAUAUCAUGAUGGUGGGAUUUCACAGAUCAAAAGACUGACAUGUUUAUGUUUCUCUCUAAAUAAGGCCAAAGAAGGCAUCAGUUUGCUCUGAAACGCCCACAGCGUUUGAAAAUGAUUAUGCCAAAUGUACCGUAAAUGAGACCCUUUGGGCGGAGAUGCAGUGUGUGCUGUCUGUGUGACUCCCACUCCCCUUCACAUGCACUAACCCCCCAUUCAAGCUCAGCUCACCUCCACCACCCCAGAAACUCACCUUCACCAUGGCUUAGCCUGCUCCGUUCUGCCCCCCUUCUCUUUGUCAAAGAGAACUAAUUGAGCCCUGUUGAGCCAUCACCUUCCACCCUGUGCCUGAUCCACCUGAAACUAACAUAGUUGGAGUUGUGUUAACCCGCCCUCCACCCGAGCCCCCCCACCCCCUCUGUAUGUGUACCAUUCACGCUACUAACACCGACGACACUUUUUGUUAAAAUGAUUUAACAAAAAGCUGCAUGCUGUUUUGUUCCAACCCCUUCACUUUCUGUUUGUGAAAGUUGAUGUCAAUCUCUGUGUGAUUAUAAAUAUCCUUUCUGUUUGGUUUGUAUGUUUUUUUUGGUAGAAUGCAGCACUCUGGUGAAUGUUAGAAAAGCUUGGAAUAGUUAUAAUCACAACAGAAACCCUGCUUAUUAAGAAGUCUCAUUGUUUCCUGUUUAUUUGUGCUUGAGGAUGUACUGUAGUGUGUAGUGGUGGGACGGUCUUGCAUUUCACUUCCUGUUUUUGUUUUUCUUGCUGACCCAUACUAGUGAUAUAACGCUCUCAGACGUGUACUAUUGACCCCCCCCCCCCCUGGUGUCCUCCAAAUAGCUGUUGUGUAUGUUCUUGCACAUUUCUCUUGCCUCUUUGAUUCAAUAUAAUCUCAUCUGGGUCUGAUCUUGCCCAUAUGUACAUUGUCUUUAUACUUUGCUAAAGUAUUCAAAUAAAAACCCCAAAUUAAUAUUUAGUUAAUAAUCAUAACAUCAAUCAAAUGGUCUUUACCCUGCCAUCUAUUAAAAUAUUUGAUUAAAAGUAUGUAUGAAUAGAUUUGCUCAUUUUCUUGAGAAUUUGUGAAAGUGAGUCAGUGUUUUGAUGACCUUUCUAUCGCAGCUGGUGUAAAGCCGCUGAAAAACUACCCACAGGUAAAACUGACGGGUCAUUUAACAAAAGUGUUCAACCGCAGUGAUGACUGUAUUCAAGUACUUCUGUAGGUGUGGGUGGCCUCUGAAAUUGUCCGACAUAUUUAAAGGAGUCUUGCUCGUUUAUGACUAAAAUUAUGAACCCCUUAAGUGGGGUGUAUUCCAUGCCAUGUUGUGUCUCCUUUCUGCUCUAGACUGACGCCACCCUCCUUUAAAUCAUACUUUUCCAGAAAGAGAAAAAUGCUUCUGACACAAAAAAACUCCUGUUGUGUGCUCAGUCUCGAAAGGAAAACGCUGGACAAAGUACAGUUCCUGGACUUCAUUUGAAAGAAUGACUUAUGAGAGGGUUUCAAUAAAAGGCAAGCUAACAGCACCAUAUCUCAUAAUGGGUUAAAAUCACAAGUGUGCAUAUGGUUUAGAUCAGACCAUUGAUAACAGACCAUAACUGCUGGAGGUGUCCAAGUCCUGCACAGCAACUGUUUCUAGUGAAUCUAACGGGGCUACGUGCACACAAUGUCUCCCUCUCUUCACCUGCACACCCACACAUCCCCUCACACGUGCAUAUCCUGUCCACCCUGGGCCUUGUAAUGGUAAUCCAAGGCCCACUAGCCCCACUUCUGUCUCUUCCUCCUCGCUAUAUAUUUUUUGUGAUAGCUGCAUAUGUUCCAUGGUGCUCUCCUUGUCAUGGUUACGGAAUCACAGCAAGCUUGGACUUUCUGAUCUUUGUUUUGUUAAUGCAAGAUUUCCAUACCUGUUCUGUGUCACCUUUCUUUGUACUAAGAUCUUGCUCUGUAGUGGUUCAUAUAUGUAUGCGUGUGUGAUACAUAUAUUGCCCCCCCCCACCCCCCCCACCCCCCCUUCCUACCACUCCUCUUAACUUCUCAGUUAGUGGAUGUGACUCAGUGUUAUCUUUAUCGUCCAAAAUAAAAGAUAAAGAAAUGCUCAUUCCAAAUUACUAUGCCUUAAAUCAGCAGGAGGGCGUCCUGUACAAGCUACACAUAGCCUCAUGUAGUCUUCAUAGUGGACAAGCUACCCUUCCUCUCAGAAUCCCCCCCCCACCCUAACCGUCCUUACCACUCCUUGUGCUGGAACACACUGAUACUACACGCUGUAGGUGAUGUGGAUGACUAUAAUGAUAAUGGUGAUGGUGGUGGUUGUGCUGAUGAUGAUAGUGUGAUCUGAGUGUCUUUUUAUUUUGUUUUAUUUUCUGUUUGUUUUUGAUGAAAACCCAACAGGGAAAAGCUCCUCUUAUUAUUGGAAUAUUUUUGGUUUUUUUCUCCUCUGUUCUCUCUGCUAGGAUAACAUUGGGCACCGGCUGCUUCAGAAACAUGGCUGGAAGUCGGGGCAAGGUCUUGGCAAAAGCAUGCAGGGUAAGGUUUGUUGGAUCCCCUCUGUAUGUCAGUAUGUGUGUGUGUGUGGGUGUGUUUUCUUUCUCCCACUCUGCAGUUGACCUCAAUGUAACACCCCUUUUACAGUGUACUGUAGGCUAAUGGCCUCUGUCAGCUUCCUCCUCUUUGCUUCAUAAUCACUAAACCUUUAUUUCAAUCUGCACAACAAGUAAAGUGCUUCGAUUUGAACAAAGAACAAAAAUCCAUUUCAAAUCAAGGUAGAUUUAGCAAGCUAUGAUUCCAUCACAUCCCUUAGAAUCAUCAACUCCACGUACGUUUAGAUUUUUUAUUUCCUCUUUGAGUUUCCGUCGCUGCUGUCGGGUAUCUGAUUGGCUGUAACCACGGCUCAGACUUUGAAUGGCUUGCAGAGUAGACAUGUUUUCCCCCUUCUGCUUGUUUGCCUGUUUCUACCUCAAAACCUGUGAAGCUUGUGUGUAUGUGCGUGGUCAUCAUGUGGGACUGAGAUGUGUGUGUGCGUCUGUUACUGACCGGGCCAUAGAGUCAACUUACAGGGAAAAUCUCACCACCUUUCUACACCCCAAAUGUCUCUAUCCCCAUGGUUAAACACUCCCGUCCUCCCCCCGUUUCUUUGCCCCCUCCUGCACAGCAUGUUUGUCCUAGCGGUGCACUCCUGCCUGCCUCAAACCGUCACACUCACCUGGGGCUUUAAGCAGUGUUGGAGGUAACACACUGAGCUACUACUUUCACACAGUAGAGUGAAAUGUCACACAUUUUUAGGAUACUUAGGUUAAACCGCUGCUGCAUAGCAACGCAGACCACGCUCUAAGCACUGCUCAAAGCCUUGCUGGCUCUUUGCUCAGGUACAUUUUAUGUAUGUCAUGUGUUCACUUGUUCUAGGGUAAAGCACAUCCCAAAGCAAUCUGGCUGGCUGUAGGCUAGGAAGGAAAUGAAAGAUUCUCACUGAGAUUUGCUAUGACGAGCAUCUGCCAGGCAAAUGCUUAAAAGGGGGAAAUGGUGGUUGUCCCUGAAGGCAUCAGUCGUCUCAGACUACAUAUUUGUCCCCAUGAUAAAACUAAAUUAAACAUAAAGACUGGCACGUCAUUUCCCUAUCUCAGAGGCCUGUCACAAUAAUUACUUUACCAUUAUAGUACAAUAUACAAUACAUACAUUGUGGCAUUCUUAUCUUAUAUGGACACAGACUUUCCAACUGACUUUGACAUUAGUUAUGUUUGCAUGAGUGUUUAAGAUUAUCAGAACAUGAUGCUGGAAUAAACAGCGGGGUUCCCAUACCAUAGUAAGACCUGCAUUGCUCAGGUGUGUUAACAGAGCCAGAGAGUUUAUUUUAUUUAUUGAUUUGAUUAUUUGGUUCUAUUUCUUUCACAUUCCAAUAUUUGAAUAUACAGUCCAUUGCUCUUUAGAAUGAUUUACUUGUAUUAUAAUGCCAUUGUUUUAUCAUAUCUGUGGCAUAAAAUAGUCUUUAAAAAUUGCAAUAAUAUCAUUUAUCGUCAUUCGAUGCAGAAUACAGUCCAAUUGAAUGUAACUAUCGUGACAGGCCUACCGGACUCUCCAGAGUAGAUGCACUUUUAGCCUUUACCUUUCAUUGUUAAGAUCGAGCUGUAGGUUUUAUAAUGACUCCCUUACCCAGUGCAGCUCCUCUAAAACCACCUUUAUGACUGGGUUUCUAAUUUUUCUUCUCGAUGAAGGUUUUCUCUGACGGAGGGACACAGGACUUUGUAAGGGGGGGGUGUAGUUUUGUACCUUGGGGUUGAGAACUGAGGCAAUGCCAGGCUAGGGUCCCUGGGGACAGGGACCAGUGGUUGGGAGAGAGUGGUGAGAGGCAAUCCCUGUAAGCACCUGGCCCUGAGUGAAGGGAUGAGGGGGGUGGGGGGGUGACACACUAAACCCCCUCUGGUAAUAAAGCCCACAGCCACACUCCCAACCCCACCCUCCCUUCUCUAUGUGCCUCAAUUUCCUGCUUAACCAAUUGGUGUUUCUUUUUUACAGCGAUUUGAUCCUGCCCAUGUUGUGCUGAUGGUAAACUUAGUGGUAAAUGUUAUUUUAUCCCCCAAUUGAAUUUUUGUUUUGUUUUGUUUUGAUUUCUCCCAUUUCUUUUUGUUUUCCUCUCAUCAGAGCACCAAUGCUACAUAGGCUUUCAAUUCUCUCUGUAUUAGUCCUCAUUCUGCUGCUUGUAUAUUAUCAUGCAUAUGUAUUACUCUUAGAACAUUGUCAUUUUGUUUGUUUUCAGUUUUUUUUGAAACCCUGUGAUUCACACCCUGUGAUUUAGAUGCACAUUGUUUUUGUCUGGUCCCUUUCUUUUUCACUGGAAUGGGUAACGUGGAAGUAUUGUCACUGUGUUUAAAGAUUGGUGAUAGUUUGGGAUGACUGUAAUUUUUCAUUAAUCUUUAAUUCUGGGCCUAGCUUGUGACUCCGUUCAGGAUAACCACUGCAGUGGCUGACAAACAGACCAACCCGUUGUCUUGGUUUCACUUUUCUGCUGCUGGGAAAAGAGUGUGAACACACGCCUAUCGGUAGAUAGUCUUGUGCUCUUCAUAGCAUACAGUCAGUCCUCUCACUACUUCAGGGGAAUAAAUCCUCCGCAAUUAGCCUUUUAGCUGAAGGCCCACCCAUGUGACAGACACUGCAGUGGGACUGAGAGUCCAGGCAGGCCAUUCUAUGUUAUAAUGCCCAUGCAUCUAUGAUUUCACAAUUAAUAUGUCAUUGGGCUGUGAUGACUAAAUUAUAAAAACAGUACAGGAAUGAAUCACAUCAACAUUUGGUCUUCCUUUGACCAGGAAGUCACAUUGUGUCUUUAGGCUCAAAGUAUAACUUGGGCCAGGACAUCGAACAUGUAUGGUAUUAGCCUUCUUUUUUUUCUGUCUUAUAGAAAAUAACUCCUAAUUGAAACUAAUUUGGAAGAAACGUACACCAUACUUGUGACCGGUAUCACACAAGAUGAGCUUUGAUUCUACAUUUGCAAGCCCACUACUUGCUGUUAUUCCAUAUGCCCAAUGGUAUAUAUAAAACAUUGAUUCAUGAAAAAGGAACUAACAUGAAAAUGUGGGAGGAAAAAACUGAAACCAAACCGAAUUGAUAAUCACUAUCAGUACCGACUGAUUCCUGUGUCUGGCUGGCAACCGAAGCAGCAGAACUAGUCCAAAUUCUUUUUUUGCCUUUUGUUUUGAGAUUCCCCUGUCUAUCUGUCUGUCUGUCCCCCCCUUACCCCCCCCCCCCCCUCCCUAUACCCAUGUUUUACCAGGUAAGUAUCCCCAUCCCUUGCACUGUCACCAUGGCGAUACCUGGCCUGUGACGUCACUCUGCUGUAGUUCAGUGCUUGUGUCCUUUUUUAAUUUUUAUUCUGUCUUUCUCUCUGCUUUGUUUGGCUGAUUAUGAGUGGAUUAAGCAAUUCUGUGUCAAUCUCCAAAGUAGUUUUGAUUUUUUUAUAUAUUUUAUAUCUGUAAUGUUUCAUUCUGUUGUUUUGUUUUUUUUUGGUUGUCUUUGGUUUGUUUAUUUUUCUACAGUUAAUUUCUUUCUGAUCUAGCUCUUUUCACAGCUUACGUAACAUAGCUGAAGUAGACAGGGGAAAAAUCCAUUUCUCAGCUCUAAGUCAUUAUGAGGAAGGGGGCCCCGGGGCCAGGGAACACAUUUUGAACCUGAGGACAGGGGAAUGGUCAGCAGGCCUGCAAGAGACGCUGCCUUCGGCCUCAGAUGAUAUGAGGUGGCUUUGUUCCUCUCAUGGUGAUGUCGCAGUGGCAGCAGCUGCGCAGGCCUGUUGCAACUCCCUACACACACACACACACACACACACACACACACACACACACACACACACACACACACAAACUCAAGCUGUAGUGUCCUUGAUAAACUCGGCAUUCUGGUUUAACAGGACUGCUGCAAUGAGUGGGUGGAGGAGGGGUGGUGGGUUGCAGGACUGAAAGGAAACACCAACGCAUCUAAACUCACAAACUUGUUUCUUUCUCUUUAAGACAUAUUGCUAAACAACCCUGUUGCCCUUGACCUCAUCUAAUACCACAUUUGCAGCUAAUUUGACUCCAAAUGCAAACCAGCAGCCCGGUCCAAUGUCAGAUAAAGUGUGUUAGCCUCAGAGGCUGCAGUAAGCUGUGAGAAUGGCUGGUGAUUGGUUCACUGUAGCUUUCUGGUCUCUUUGCACUUCAAGGCAAAAUUCUCUAACCCCAGCACCCUAUGCUAUGAAAGCAGGCUGUUUUCGAGCUGGCCCCCCGUCUCAGUCUCAGAAACUCACCUCGUCCUCUCUCUGUCUCUUUUCCCUCAGGACGCACUGACCCUGUGCCCAUCACCCUCAAAUAUGAUGUCAUGGGGAUGGGACGCAUGGAGAUGGAGCUGGACUAUGCAGAGGACGCCACAGAGAAGAGAAGAGUGCUCGAGGUGGAGAAGGAAGACACAGAAGAACUACGGCAAAAAUACAAGGACCAGGUGGAAAAGGAGAAAGCCAUUGCCAAGGCUUUGGAAGACCUGAGAGCCAAUUUCUACUGUGAGCUAUGUGACAAACAGUACACCAAACACCAGGAGUUCGACAACCACAUCAACUCUUACGACCACGCUCACAAGCAGAGGCUUAAGGAGCUCAAGCAGAGAGAGUUUGCUCGUAAUGUGUCGUCUCGCUCCCGGAAAGGUGGAAAAAAGCAAGAAAAGAUGCUGCGCAAAUUGCAUGAGUUGGCCGAGCAGAGGAAACAACAGGACCGCACUCCAGGAAGUGGGCCCAUGUUCAAACCCACCACAGUGGCGGUGGACGGAGAGACUUUAGAAGACGGCGACAUAAUGCCCGAAAACAUUGCUUUGACAGAGCUUGUCCCGGAAGCACCCAUUGUAGAAAAAAGUGAGGAAGCCUCCCCGAAAGCAGCUCCAACCAUCAGCUUCUCUCUGGGGAGGAACAACUCCUCAUCCCCGACCCCUAGCUCGGCAUCCAAAGUGAGUGUGUCCUUCUCCUUCGCCAAGAAAGCCCCGGUCAAGCUGGAAACAGCAGCCGCAGUGUUCGCUGAUCAUGGCGAGGAGGCAAUGGAGGAAGAAUGGUCACAGGAUGGAGAAAAGGCUGGAGGGCAAGAGGAGGUUUCUGGCAGCAGCUCGGACAGCCCUAAGGGAGGGGAAGGAGAAGGUGAAGGAGGAAGUGAAGCAGGAGAGAGCAUCAGUGUGGCAGUGACAGAAGAUGCGCAGCAGCCUGACGACGGAGCCUCUCUAGCCUCCACUCUCAACAAACUGAAGAUGAUGAUGAAGAGAGAGGAAGGGUAUGCAGGACAGGAGCCUGAGUACUAUCACUAUAUCCCUCCGGUUCACUGCCGGGUGAAGCCUCACUUCCAGUUCCUGCUGUUCAUGAAGGCCACUGAUCAAUGUCUGAUCAAAGCAGAUGAGGACGAGGAGGAGGUGCAGGAGGAAAAUAAAGUUGAAGAUACGACUAAACAGACGGAGCCCCACGAGGAAGAGGAAUGCAAACCUGAAGAAGAAGCAGCAGAUAAUGUCCCUCCAUCCCCUGACCCAGAGCCGACUCCUCCGUCGCCUGAAGCAAAGACGGAGGAUGUCCCUUCCCUCGCAGCAGAGACCGUCUCAUUACCCUCUUCCCCUGUUCAGAAGGCCGAGAGCACACAGGAUACGCAGGAUUCCAACUCGGGUCCUAAAGUCCCCACAGGGCCCUUCUUCCCAGUCCUGAGCAAAGAUGAGAGCACGACCCUGCAGUGGCCCUCUGAGCUCCUCGAAUUCACCAAAUCCCAGCCCUCCCUGUCUUACAGCUGCAACCCGCUCUACUUUGACUUCAAGCUGUCCCGCAACAAAGGAGUGCGUGCUGGGAAAGCAACAAAGUCUCCAAAGCCCUGUGAAGCAUCUAACGACAAGGGGCAAGAGAUGGGGGCUUCAGCAGCUGGAGCAGACGCAAACACUAAAGCUGGGACCAGCACCGACAAUGACAAGCCCACUAAAAAAGCAGAGCUUGAGCAAGUAGAAGGAGAGGAGCAAAAGCUUCCGACCGGGAGCAGUAGUGCCAAGAAGAAAAAGAAAAAGAAGAAGCACAAGAAAUCUGCAAAGCACUCCAAACGCAAAGGAAAAGACGGGAAGGGAGCCAAAGAAGAUGCAGAGGGCGAGACCGAGGCAACACAAGAGAAGCCCAAGAAGAAGAAGAAACACAAACGAAAGAAGAACAAAAACAAGGAUCCCAGUCCAGAGGAGGCAGCUGGGGAGGAAAAGGAAAAAGCCAAACCAAAGUCAGAAGAUAAAACCGCGGCCUCGUCUGUUCAGCCGACCACUGGAGGUGGAGCAGCUACGGGGAGCACAGGAGCGGAGUCAGGGAAGAGAAAACGUGCCAAUAAGGAAGUGCCUUCUAAGUCUGGAGCAGAGGAGGGAGGAGCUGGAAAAAGCAAUGACAAAAUCAACUCCUCAGAGGAGCACAGUGGCGCCAAGCGACAAAAGACUGACUCCAGCGCGUCUCAGAGUGCCUCCUGCUCCUCCUCAGCUCAGAAGAACCCCGGUCCGGGUCGCCCGCCCAGCAGCGAGAGUGAAGAGGAAGGGGGCUCUAACACCAAGCGCUCACGGCAUCACAGGUCAAGUCCUCGGGAACAACGGCGUCACCACAGCGAGGAAUCCAGGCGCUCCUGCAGCCGCUCUUCCAGGCGGGGGGAGAGACGGGGCAGCAGUCGCCGGCGCCAUCGCGGCCAAACCUCCCGCAGCCACUCGUACUCCAGCAGCUCCGAGCGCUCCUCGGCCGGCAGUAGCGCCUACAGCCACCGCAGCCGCAGCUACUCCGACAGCUACAGCGACUACAGCAAAGAGGGCCGCCGGCGGAGGCACUCCAAGCGCUCCUCAGACUCUGAGUACGAGCGGAGAGGAAGCCGAGGACGCAGGCGAUCCAGGAGACAUCGCUCCUCCUCUUCCUCCUCAGAAGAAUCCCGCUCACGUUCUCGCAGCUACAGCCGCAGGAAGAGGCACCGGCGGCACCAUCGGAGCAGCUCCAGAAGCUCCAGCAGCUGGAGCCGCAGCACCAGCCCGAGGUCCUGGAGACGCAGCUACAGCCGCAGCCACAGCUCCGCGAGCCGCUCCUCCAGCUCCACCAAGGGCUCUGCUCGCCGCCGAGCUCCCAGGGCCCGUGUGGAAAGUGACGCACAGCGCAGGGACUUCAACCGCUCCUGCAUCUACCGCUCCCAGUCUCCGCGCUCCUCUUCCUCACGAGGCCUUAACCGCAACACCCACUCCUCCAGCUCGCAGUCUCUGAGGACAGGGGGGUCCCGGGACGCAGGAGAGCAGAAGAACAGCCUCACUGCACGCCAGCUGCUGGAGAAGGUCCAGUCCAAAAAGAGCUCCGAUGAUUCCACAGCAACAAAAUCUGGGAGUAAGAUUAAGGAUCCUCCACAGGGAUACUUUGGACCCAAACUCCCCCCCACUCUGGGAAGCAAAGCCAUGCUGCCGCUUUUCGGUAAGCUGCAGGCAGGAAAGAAACCCCUGUUCCCCCUCACCAGACCUGUGGAGGUGGAGAAAUCAGGAGCCGGGAAGUGUACUGAGGCAGAAGUUAUCCUGGUAGAGCCUAUACGGGAGUUCCCCCCUCCCCCACCACCGCCAGCUCCCCCGGUGCAGAAGGUUGAGGAGGCCCCACAGAUCACAGUUGUGCAAGAGGAGACGCAGCUUCCCGCCGUAGAAGCUCCUGUUCACCAGGAGCCCCUGCCGCUGUUCGACCAUGAGUCUUCCAUGGCCAUGGCCCAGUACCAAGGAGACCAGGACCCCUCUCAGAACCCCAUGAUGGAGUCCCUCAUGCCAGAAAUGCAGCAUCAGCAGCUUCAGAUGCAUGCCUACCCUGCUUACCCCCCACCCAGUCUAGAGGAGGAGUGCAUGGAGGCGGAGGAGGACGGCCUGGCUCCGUUAGAGAGUCAGCCCAUCACCUUCACCCCGGAGGAGAUGGAGAAGUACGGCAAGCUGCAGCAGGCGGCGCAGCAGCACAUCCAGCAGCAGCUCAUGGCCAAGCAGGUGAAGACGUUCCCCUCAGCUGCUGCCGCUGCUGCUGCCGCCGCUGCCAACCUGGCCCAGCCCCCCCCUCCCCCCACCCUGCAGCAGAUCCACAUCCAGCAGCCCACUGUGUCCAUGGCCUCUGGCACAUCCAUCACCACCGUGCAGCACGCCAUCCUGCAGCACCACGCAGCUGCAGCAGCAGCCAUGGGCAUCCACCCACACCCUGCUCAUGCCCACCACCCACACCCUGCACACGCCCAGUUAGCCCAGGUACACCACAUUCCCCAACAUCACCUCACCCCCAUCUCCCUCUCUCCUCUGGGCCACUCCCUCAGUCACUCUCUGGGACACUCUCUGGGACACUCACUCGGACACGCGGGGCUGAUCCCCGCCCACCACACCGCCUUCCUCUCCGGGCAGCCCAUACACAUUAUCCCAGCGUCUGCACUUCACCACGGCCCCUUAGCCCUCCACCACCAUAUUCCACAUGCACUCUACCCCACACUUUUUUCCCCCCGCCCCUCACAGGCUGCUGCAGCAGCAGCUCUCCAACUUCACCCGCUGCUACACCCCAUCUUCUCAGGGCAGGACCUCCAGCACCCACCCAACCAUGGCUCUUGAGUAAUACCAGUAGAGUAUAUCACAGCCUCAACCACUGAAAGAGAGACUGGACCUGAACCGGCUUACGGCAGGGUUUGGAUAAAGUCUUUGAGACAGGGAGCUGUCCAUAAACAGCCCUUCUACUGACCAACACAGGCCGGAGAUGUAGCCACAAAGUGGUGCUGCCCGUGUCUGACUCAGAAUUGACAUUUCCUUCUGGCUCAUGCGAGAUAUUAUUUUUUUUAAUGCAUUGCCCUGAACUUCUAAAAAGGAGGUUUAAGUUUAAAGAGACUUCCUAAAGACAUGGUUUAUAUUCGAACUUGAGGUAAAUUAACACCACCCGUUUACUUUUGAACGAUGAAUCACACCACCCGUUUACCUUUGAAUAAGAGAAAUCACUGGAGUUUGUUUUGUUUUCAUAUAAAAAUAUAAUUUCUCUAAUUGUUUGCUCAUCCUGGCAGCCAUAGAGAUGAGCAGUACGUGGUAGGCUUUGACUCUAUAAUGUACCCUUCAGAGACGGACUACUUCCUGUUUGCUGGUAUUGUUUAUGUUCUAAUAUGACUACUUGAUCUCUAUUGGAUCCUUGGUCUCAUUAAUCUGUGCUGCAGUAACGUGUACAUAUAUCAGUGUGUAAUGUGAAGAAUCCCACCAAUGAUGACCAUUCACAGCUAUGGUGUCCAGAUCGGUAUGACAAUGUCCCCUAAGAAUUGUUCUUUUAGCGGGAGAGGGGGCCGGUUGAACGAGGGGUUUGAACAUCCCUGAUGUCCCACAUGUUUCCUGUGGAGGGGGGGAGGGGUGCACCUGAAUAAAUUGCACUGAAAAUCUGUACAUGAGAUGGUGCGUUUGCAUCAUGUAACAAUAAGAUUGUAGUAUACUGCAAUAAUUGUAUUUUUAAAUUAUUUUCCAGAAUGCUCUUCAAAAGAAGGGCUGUGUUUUGCUUUUGUGUAAUUUUGUAAAUAAAGCGGCUGUAGAUUAACCUAUUAACGUUCUAGUAGUUUGGUAUGGUAAAAACAGAGUUACAAGAUGGGUGGGAGACGGUCACAUGAAAUGUAUUCUAUCACGUUUGUUUCUGAACCCGGUUAGCGUUGGCUGGGAUGGCAAAGGGUAGGGUCUGUGAAGCAGUAGUACCUCUGUAUUUUUUUAAAACGUACUGUUUCAGCAAAUAAAAUCUUGAGUUCA